CGGAAGGACUUGGUGAGGUCAGCUGUCACGACCUAAACAAAUAUGGCGUCCACAGUAACGGUGGUAAACGCUGUAGUUUUUCGUUAUCUCUCUUCAGUUCACUAGUUUGGUUUUACAAAUUAUGGCUUUUGUACAGUAACUGUCUAAAUUAAUCAAAUGUUUAUAAUCACUUCUCUAAACGGAAAACGAAAGUCGGAAAAUAAACGGAAGUGUGGACUCUCAUUUGAAACCAAACAUCCGCAUCUUUCACGCGUGUUUACAUGCCAGCUCCUCGUUUCAGACGAACAAGGAUGGAGGAAACAUGAAAAAUAUGUUCAGCAAAACGUGAAAUGGUGUGUUGUUUCGCCUGACACAAAGGACUGACUUAAUGGUCUGAACAAGAUGUAACGUCUGCGGAACUUUAUGUCGCCGUAAACAAAUAAACAAGACAUGGACCUUUCCUUGGAGCAGUCUGAGGGUAGACGUUGAUAAGUUGAAGGUACAUGAACUUACCAUGGCUUGGGUGACCCUUCUCAUCUCCACGAUAGGAAAAUGCCUCGACGCUGUCUAUUUAUUACUGGACCUGAAUUUUGUCAUCGUCCACAGCUUGGUGCGGACUCUGCUAGCGGUGAUAGCCUUUAUAAACAGCCUGCCCACCCUCUUCCUCAGCUCACUGCAGGAGUUGGGAAACUUUACCGUGGUUUUCUUGAUGUCCAUAGCAGAGGCCACUUCAAACGUAGCCCACGGGACUGUCACCAUGGGCGGGAGCUUGGUACUGGCUCUGGAGGGGCUGCUGGAGAGCCUAAAGAUGGUGGGUUACCUGUCCAUGCACGUCCUACUUCGAGGUAAAGAGCACCUGUAUCGAGGUAUGCUGUCGGUGCUGGAGGGCUGCAGCAUCACUGUCAGCCUGGUGAUCUAUUUCACCAACACAGUGGUGAACUUUGCACUCAUUGCCACUCAGAACACAUACUUGGCUGUGGUCAGCGUGUGGCAGACGGUGUCUAGCCCACUGCAGAAGGUGCUGGAGCUCACGCUAACCUCCUUCACCUUUCUGUACAGCUGCCUGGUUGGGACAUCAGCUUUCCUGUGGUCACCAUGUAAGAUGUUGCUGGACUUUCUGGUUUCACUGGUGCACAUGUUCAUCUCUGUCUUCAUACUGAACAUCAAUGGCCUCCUGUUCACUGUCGCUAUCAUACUAACUACCACUGCCUAUCUGAACCCAGAGUUGACCCAGCAGGCUGCUAUGAGAAUCGUGGAUUACAUGAACUCUUUUCCUACUCUACGUAGUCUGUCUCUGGCUCUACAUCAACUGUUUUCAGCCUUGCGGAGUGCGCCACAUUUUGUGCGUGGUAAUAUGCGACACGUGCAAAGGUUACUCUAUCAUCUCUACCUGCUGGAGAGAGGGCUUUGGCAGCAGCUGUCUCGACAUGGCAGUCAGCUAGGCCUGGCGCUGCAGGCAUACCUCCACAGGGACAACAACAACCGAGUGCGAGGCGAUGGUGACCCCCCAGAGGAGCGUCGGGACCCGCCAGAUGGAAGGGCAGGAGAUGGAGACCACCAGGAGCUGCUGGAUUUAGUUUUCCCCUCCUCCAGUACAAACAGACCGCUGGAGAAGGAGUUAUCUUCAGACAAAGACAGUAAACCUCUGCCUGCUAAGAAUCUGCUCUCUCUGCUGAAGGAGCAGGAGGACAGGAAGAAGUGUGUGAUCUGUCAGGACUGUACCAAGACAGUGGUGCUGCUGCCAUGCAGACACCUCUGCUUGUGUAGAGACUGUACUAAUAUCCUGCUGAGGCAACCUGUCUACCAGCAGAACUGCCCACUGUGUCGGCACAUGAUCCUCAACACAAUGGAUGUGUAUCUAUGAGGGACCAACAAAAGUGGGAUGUCAAGGAGCCUCGCAGCAUCUGUAGUUUAAUGAGAUGAGAUGCUCUAUGACUUGUGUCUAGUGAUAUUCUUUAAUAUGCUUACUGUCACAAAUACAUCAAGACCAAAAGUAACAAAGCACUGAUUAGUCCAUUUCUUAGAACUUCACCUGCCUGUGGCACUCAUCCUCAAGCAUAUUCAUAUUCCCAGUGAAGACAAUCUUUAAAAAUGGCUCAUAAAUAUAUCAUCUAAUUAUUUCUUUCAAGGUAACUUUUUCUAAAACAACCGUCCUUUUUAACAAAAGUUGGUCAAAUAGGAGUAAACAGUGCAAACUGGUGAAAAUGGGCUUUGACAAUACAGACAGUACGUGUUAGUAAGGUGGAUUUAUUGUUGGUUCUAAAUUUAUAAGAUUUAUUGAAGCAACAAAUUGAGAAUAUCACCAAACUUUCCUUUCAAAAUCUGUGCACUCUCUGCGAGCAGUUUAUAGUCAAGAUAUUAAAAUAAAGGCACGCUGUGUUCCAGUGCCAAACUAUAGUACAUACCUACAGUGUACAGUAUGCAUACUAGUAUUCAACAAAUGAACACACAGAUUAUCUCUUGAUUAAUUUUUCAGUUCUGUGAAACAUGUGACAAACACACAACUUCUCAGAGCCCAAAGUGAUGUUUUAUGCUAACAGUCCAAAACAAAACAAAUGUAAUUUACCACCAGGCAUGAUUUUUAAAAAAAGCAGCAAAUCCUUAAAUUUCUGAUGCUGGAGCAAGUUAUUUUGAUUUCAUGAUUAAUCAAGGGAUUGUUACAGCUCUAAAAGAGACAGUAACAUGUUUUUCCCGAAUUGUUUCACUUCCAUAGGACUCAAAAAUCUAGGGUGCCUUGUGCUGAUUAUACUGAGAUCCUGUGUAGGUUUAGUUUGUAGUAUGGAUCUGGGACAUAGCUGCUGUCUCUGUUUUGGCACAAGAUGUGCCUGUUAAAAUGUUCCACUGUUGCCACGUUGAGUUUCAGGUCUCGUCGCCAUGGUAACCCAUAGGUGGCCUCCCUCCCUGAUGCUGAACUGUUUUUCGCCCCUUUCGUCUUAAAACAUUGUGCUUUAAGUGGUCCAUGCUGUGAAGAAAGAGCACGACCACAGUGUCCAAAUGAUUCCAUGCAGGUUGUGUGUAUGAAUGCUGUAUGUGUAACAGUGCAUUCUGAACAACACUGUGACCUUUGUUGCAGAUUUUACCAUUUAAAUCUAUGUCUAUAAAUAUUUGUGUUGUAUAGAGCAUUGGACACAGAGCUGUGUAAAGAUUUGAAUGAAAAGGGUUUCCAGUAAGUGAUGAUAAAACACAGCGUCGUCCCAUUUAUUUGUUCUAUUGAUGGUGUUUCUUCCAGUCUUCCAUCAAAUGCAUAUUACAGUCACCACAACACAAAAUCCAUAAAAGGGUUCCCAUUUCCUUUGUUGUUGUAAUAAAACCUAGAUCUCUGUUGUGUAAAAGGACCAUAAACUAAUAAGGCUUUACAUUUCCAUUUGUUUUUGUUUUUGUUUUUCCAGUUGCUACUGUCACAGCUGAAGUGUUGAUAUUGAUUUGGGUUUAAAGUUUACAGGGCACUAUUGUGACACCACGUUCAUGCAUUAUUAUUAUUGAUGGCGACUGUUGUGUCACCAGUUCUGUGGGGGAACAAAGUGCCACAUGUCACAUGCUCUAAUUUGCUUUUUGAAGUUGUUGAUUUUUGUGACUGAAGCUAUGUAAUACAAGUUACCAACAUCACCGCUGCAUUCCACAGAUGUCACUAAUGAAAGUGGUCAGAAUGUCAGUGAUUUCUAGAGACCAGACUGUAGUCAUUACAGACGACUGCUCUUCUCAGGUAUUGCCAAAGCACCAAUGUGUUUGUAACUAAAUGUUGCUGUGGCCUGAACACAGCUCCUGUGACCAUCACCUGUUGCUGCCUGCAGUACACGUGAGCUGUGUGAACAGUGUGGGAUGAUGUGAUUUGUGUUUUUUAAUCUUAUGGCUGCCACAUAACCGGCAGGUCUUGUCUUCAUAAUAAAACAUAUUGAAACUG